AUGGCCGAGGAGCUUCGUCGUUUAUCUAAAAAAGAGCAAAUUUUGUGGAGUUUACUGGAGCACUUAGAAGAUUUUCUUAACGAGUUUGAGGAUGAUAGAGAUCGUUGUUCACUCCAACCACGAUUGGCCAAGCUGGAUGAAGCCUACGACACAUUUUGCGACGUGCGCACGCAGGUUGAAGUGAUCAUGGAAGACGCUGAAGACGAGUUUGAAAAUGAUGACGUGAAAAAGGAAACCCGGAGAAAGGAAUGCAAGAAGACGUUUAAGAAGUUUAUGGACAAGUAUUUUUCAGUGAAAAUGCAGCUAUUGUCGAAGAUGGAAUCGAUGCCUGUUAGUUCAAGGUACCACAGAUCCUCUGUUCCCGAUUCAGCCAUGACAUGUCACACGAGAUAUCCUGAACUGACACUGCCUAUUUUUUCCGGAAAACUUUCAGACUGGAUUAAUUUCCGGGACAACUUUAGGUCGCUGAUACAUGACAACGCACUGUUGAAUGAAAUGGACAAGUUUAAUUACCUGCGUACGUCGUUGAGAGAUGAUGCACUUCUACAGAUCAACCAGAUUCAUGUAUCAGCAAUAAACUACGGCCUGGCUUGGAGCAUACUGGAGUCGAAAUACGAGAAUCACAAGCUGAUUGCUCAGGAGCACAUGAAGGCUCUCUUUGCGGCACCUGCUAUGCGGAUGGAAAGUUUUGAAGGGUUGAAUGUACUGUUAACAACUUUCAAAACAAACCUUCAGCAGUUGGAGAAGUUGGGCCAGAAGACAAGCGAUUGGAGUGCAUUGUUGGCAUUCAUGCUUUCGCAGAAGUUGGACGCAGGAACAUAUCGACUUUGGGAAACUCACCAUGCUUCUAAAAACGUACCUUCCUACGAAGCAAUGGUUGAGUUUUUAGAAAAUCAGUGUUCGAUUUUGCAAUCGACUGCCAAUCGGAGUGGGAAUGACUAUCAACGCAAUUUUAGAGCUCCCAUCAGCCACAGCACCGUUACAGUAGAGAGAUUUUGUCUUGUCUGUGGGAAUGGAUCGCACAAGGUCGAACAUUGCUCGAGAUUCAGCAGGAUGAGAGUGAUUGAUCGGAAAGUUUUGAUUAGAAGAUUGGGACUCUGCUUCAACUGUUUAGAUUCUGAACAUUUGGUAGCAGACUGUUCGGUUAAUUCCUGCCCGAAGUGUGGACUACGUCACCAUCACCUGCUUCAUCCAUAUUCUCCAGACCAUAGAAACCCGUCGAACAAUCGGUAUUUUUCUCAAGCCCCACGUAGACCUCAACGCGCGAACAGUGAGUCAAGAAGCGAAUCCUACUCGCAACUCGAUCAGUCCCAAACUCAACCUUUGCAAAACAACUCCCCACCAAUACAUCAGCCACCUCCCACAAACACGCCCACAGUAAGUCACCACACUACCACUCUAGUUAGCACAGAAACACAACCCCACACUGCUAUCCUGUCGACAGCCGUUGUCAUGCUUGCCGAUAGCAGCGGUAACACGGUCCUAGCUCGCGCUUUGUUGGAUAAUGGAUCUCAGAUCUGCUUGAUGACUGAGAAAUUAUCACAGAAACUUAAGUUCGAACGCUUUCGAGAAAACCUUCUCGUGAAAGGUGUAGGAGGAUCCACGAAUGUUUCGAAGGAGUCUGUCCUUGCUCGUAUUGUUUCAUGUACAUCUUCCUUUACUAGUGCUGAGAGGAAUUUUUUUGUGCUGCCUCAAAUAACGCUUGAUUUGCCCCAAAGAAACAUCGACGUUAACACCUGGAAACUUCCGUCUUCAAUCAGCCUUGCAGAUCCCGAUUUCAACAAAUCAGGCCCCGUUGAUCUUGUGAUAGGUGUGUCUGCCUUCUACGAAAUGUUGUUGCCGAACCAGAUGAGAAUAAAUGACGACGGCCCAAUCCUACAGAACACUCACCUAGGAUGGAUUGUCGCAGGACAGCUUCCUGAAACGACAGUUUUAUCAUGCAGUACCGUAAUUCCUAGAGAUUCAUCUGAAAAACCAGUAAAAGAUUUGAUUCGUUGUAAGCCGCAAUGCUGGGUAUCUCUCUUCUUUGUGCUCUGCUUUGUCCUGCUCAUUGCUGCCCGUUCGUUCUACAAUACUGCCUGGCCAGCAAUCGUCCAAGUAAUAAUGUUUCUCCAAGAGCUUUGGAAAGAAAAGCCCUUUUUGGAUGGAACAUGGAAAAGAGAGCGUCAGCUGUAUUGGAUGCAGUUCAAGAACAAGAUGUAUGGAUUUUACGAAGGUUCGAUACCCCGAUGUAUACUCUUAGCAGCACAACGAUGGACAGACAAGCUUCCCAAGUUCCCAACAACACGAGACCUUCAGCCACAGUCUAAAGAUCCAACGAAGUAUUAG